AUCUGAAAUUUUCUCGCGCCUGCGCAAAGUGCGGUAACAAGGCUGCGAAAUAUUAAAAUUUUAUUGAUUAUUGCUUAUUUUAGUAUGAUUUCGCUAUCUUGGUAUAUCCUUGAUUUAAACUAAACACAAAUCACGGAUUUCUUACGUAUUUUCAAUAUAUGAACCUUAAAAUACAAGAUGAAGGAUCGUUUACAAGCAAUUAAAGCUGUCCAAAGUGAUGAUGACGAUGCACAAGAUGAAACAACCGUACACGCAGAUAACCGAAAUGGUUUCAUGGAUGAAUUUUUCGAACAGGUUGAUGACAUUAGGCAGAUGAUUGAAAGAAUACAAGCAAAUGUAGAUAAUGUAAAGAAAAUGCACAGCGAUAUACUUGCAGCACCUAACAAUGAUGAGUCUUGUAAGAUGAAGACCGAAUUAGAUGAAUACAUGGCAGAUAUAAAGAAAAAUGCAAACAAAGUCCGAAAUAAGCUAAAAACCAUAGAGCACAAUAUAGAACAUGAUCAGCAAAGUACAACUCAAUCAGCCGACUUGCGGAUACGGAAGACUCAGUACUCGACGAUUUCUCGUAAGUUCAUAGAAGUGAUGAACGACUACAAUAAGGCGCAAAUCGAAUACAGAGAAGGGUGUAAAAAAAGAAUUCAGCGUCAAAUGGAAAUUACCGGAAAGGCAACGACGAACGAAGAGCUAGAAGACAUGUUAGAAUCUGGAAAUCCAACUAUAUUUUCCCAAGGCAUAAUUAUGGAGACGCAACAAGCUAAACAAUCUUUGAAAGACAUCGAAGCUAGACAUAACGAUAUUAUUAAAUUAGAAAACAGUAUUAAGGAAUUACACGAUAUGUUUAUGGACAUGGCCAUGUUGGUUGAAAGUCAGGGAGAAAUGAUUGACAGGAUAGAGUAUAAUGUGGAUCAAUCUGUCGACUACAUAGAGACGGCCAAAAAAGAUACCAAAAAGGCUGUCAAGUAUCAGAGUAAAGCAAGACGGAAGAAAAUUUUGAUUUUAAUCUGCUUAGCGGUGUUGGUUGUAGUAAUUUGUGCUACAUUCGGAGGUGUCUUCGGAGGCUAGAAGAUCUCAAGUGCUUGCAUGGACAUUGCGCUCAAAACUAAGUGAAUCUUCUUUCCUGUAUUCUGUUCACUAUAAAUGCACAAAAAUGUUUCUCUCUUGCUCGAAACUUAAACGGGGGCAGUAUUAUAAAGGAAAACGUUCUUUUUAACGUGCCUUCGUUUUUAUCAUGUCUCCUACAAUUAUUCGAGCAAGAUUGAAAAAAGACUUUAGGAAUUUGGUAGUAGUUUGAGCAAUUCAAAGUAGCAAAUUUUUUCUGUGAACCAGUCAUCGAUUUAAUUUUUUCUUUUUAUAGAGCAAUUUCUGCCUACAACAUGCAAUGCUGUAGCAAUACUUAACCUUCUUAGGAUUUUACUUGUACAUACUAUUGUGUGCUGUUUGAAUGUAAAUAAGUUUCUAAUUAAUGUAUUAACUGUACUUAGCUGUGUAUAACUUUUCUAGAACUUGCGAAUUAGAUAUUUAACGGAUUUAAAUUUAAAAACAAAUAACAAAAAAAACGAGUGAAAGCUAAUAAAUUUUACUUAUUAGCUUUGACUGUCUGAAGCACACUUCUUAGGUCUUAGCUUCUGCAAAUAUGCUAAACAGAAAAAGAAUUGUACAUACAUUUGUUAAUGUCAUAUGCACUAAAGUUAGAUACCUCAUUUUUACCUUAUACUUUUAAUUAAUAAUUUGAAAUUAAGUAAAGAUUAGAGAAAAUUAGAAUAAGAAAUCCAUUGUCAAAAAAAAAAAACAAAAACACUAAAAAGAUGAAAAGUAUAAUAUUACAUAUUCAUAGAAAUCUUGGAAAAUAACUUAAUUUGUUCUUUUCUUUUUAUGUUUUGCUUCAUAAAGAUAUUAUUCAUUUGUUAUGUACCAUAGAUACUUCAAGUUAAAGAAAUUAUUCAGUUUUUAACCAGUAUAUCUGUGGUAUAUUUAUUUUCAAAGUCUGUGAUAGAGCGGUUUAUUUUGUUAUUAAAGAUGUAUCAGUUUAAUCAAAUGUAUUCCAAAACCUGUAUACUAUUAUACAAUUUCAUGCAUACUAAAAACUUUGAUCUGUUUUAUGAUUUCUUUUUGUUUGUUUGUUUGUUUAUCAAUCUAUCAAAUCAAAAUCUAUCUCGUUAUGAAGUGUAAAAAGUGAAAAAAGAGUGUUUUUAUUU